CCGGGAGGGUGUUUUGCUUCUGGUGCUUCUGCCCUGGGGUCGCGAUGCAGGACCUCAAGGCGCUAGGGGUGCGGAGCAUCAUCGUGACGAGCGGGACUCUAAGCCCCCUUUCUUCUUUCGGGAACGAGUUGCGACUGCCCUUCGAGGUGCAGGUCGAAAACCCGCACGUUAUUGGCCCUGAACAGGCGUGGAUCGGAACCCUAGGCAGAGGACCGACGAGCGUGACCCUGAACAGCUCCUACGCCAACAGGGACAACGACAGCUACAAGGACGAGCUGGGGGCGACGCUGGCGAACCUUUGCCGCAUCGUGCCAGGCGGCGUUCUGGUCUUCUUUUCCACGUAUCGCACGAUGAACGACUGCGUUCAUCGGUGGAAGCACUUCUCCAACGGCAAGGCCUGGGCCAGAAUAAUGGCGCACAAGGAACCCAUGAUAGAGCCUCGCACCGCCGCAGACCUCAAGGCGGUGAUGGAGGAGUACGACGCGAAGAUCGAAAACACCGGGGGCGCCGUGUUUCUGGCGGUUUGUAGGGGCAAGGUAAGCGAGGGCAUGGACUUCUCGGACGGCAGAGCGCGCUGCGUCGUGGUGACCGGCAUCCCCUAUGCGCCGGCAAUGGACCCCAAGGUGGUGCUGAAGAAGAAGUACAUGUCGGAGUCCUUGCUGCCUCCAGGUGUUGCGAGAGUGACAGGCGACGAGUGGUACCAGCAGCAGGCCUCUCGAGCCGUGAACCAGGCCAUCGGUCGAGUCAUCCGGCACCGGCUCGACUACGGUUGCGUGGUGCUCUGCGACUCGAGGUUCGCCGAGGACCGCAACCGCAAGAGCCUCUCCCUCUGGGCCCGGCCGUUCGUGAGGGAGUGCAGCGGCUUCGGCAAGGUGGCCGCCGACCUGACCAAGUUCUUCAAGGCCUGCGCGGCGAACCCGAGACUGAAGCACGUCGACACGCCCAGGGCUAGCAAGCCUACGCCGGCGGCCCCCAGCCACGGUCGUCCACAGCCACCAUCGUCUUCGUCGUCUUCUCCUUCGUACGCACGGGCGAGGCCGGCGGCAGCGUUGGGGCCGGGGGGGCUACCGCCUUCAUCUUCGCUGCAAGACGUCGGGGACAUUGUGAAGUCUGUGGUUGGGGAUCCGGGGGGAGGUACGCGGCAGAGAGUUGUUCGCGAGGGGGGGGGCGGCGGCGGAGGCAGCACGCCUGCUGCGCCUCUAGGCUUGCUCGACGCGCUCAAGGCGUCAUGGAGGUCCACCGACGGGGGCGCCGUAGUAUCGGACCAAAGCAGCACGAGGGGGGAUAGUAGCAGCGCUACGAUGGCUGCGUUUUCAUCAUCGGAACGUAGCGCAGGCGGGAGUGGGUCCGCGGCUGGGAAUGGCGGCGGUGGUGUCGGCAGAGCCGAUGAAGCCCGAGGAAGUGGAGGUGGGUGGGACUCUGUUCCGUUGUCUCAGCGGCUGGCCACGGCUUCGGUGGAGGGAAAGGCCUCCGGCGGUGCGGCGGGGGCGGCAACCCCGGGUACCACAGGAGUGAAGCCCACCAAGCAGCAGCAGCAGCAGCAGCAGAAAAAGCAGGGUGGUCGGCUUUGUGGGCUCGGCGGGCAACGCACCGUGGGGGGGGGAGGCUCUGGUGGUGGUGGUGCUGCUGCUGACAACAGCGUGGCGCGUGCUGAAGGCUCUUCUGUUUCGUCCAAACCACGGCCGAGACCGGGUGUGGGUGUCGAAGAUCGCCGACCUAUACCAAGAAGCGCAGGUAGUGGGAGGGCAGACAACAGCGGCGGCGGCGGUGACGGCGGCGGUCCCGGCGGCGACGGUGGCAGGGCAGGGGUGGGAAGUUCCCGAAGGCGCGAGCUGGCGGCUGUGCUGGUGGAGUUGAAGAGGAACGUUGCGCCGGGAGCGUUCGAGUUGUUUCGCUCUCGCGCAAGGGCACUCAAGGCAGGAGGCGCGCUUGAUGCCCCGGACACUGCGCUGGAUGCCCUGAAGGGGGUACUCGAGGUUCUCUUGCUCGCCCCGCCCGAGCUGAAGUUGCCCCAGCGAUUCGCUCCGAGCAUUCCCGAUGAAUACGUGGCGGACUACGCGGCCCUGGUAGCUAGGCGGUGUGACGGUGCCGCCUCAUCAGGAGGCAAGCUCAAAAGCCCGCGGGGCUGUCACCGCUACGACCGCCGAACCAAGCAAGACGUACGCAAUGGGGAGGGGGACGACACCCAGAAGACGAAACGUCCCAUGGAUAGUCGAAACGGGGAAAAGCAUAGAGUAAGCGGUAGUAGCAAGCGUGAAGGGGCUGAUCAAGGCGUACGGAAUGUCGCGAACCGUGCCGGCGAAGCAGGGGUGAGUAGUAAUGGCAAGAGCGCUGCAGGAGGAGGAGGAAGCAUCAGCGGCAGCAGCAAGAGUGCUCCUAUCGCGAGGCCCGGCGCCAAGCACAGGGACGACCAGCACCAGCAGCAGGUCCCGAAAAUGCACGGGCGGCCUGGGGAAGCAACAAGAAGAAGCCAGCAGUAUCCGCCAAAGCCGAGAGGGAACUCCGCAGGAGGAUCAUCAAGGUCCGCAGAGGAAGGGUCUGACGCAGCAACCAGUAACAGCACGAGCAAGCGGGCGCGUUUGAUGGCGACCGGCGGCGACGGGGUGGGGAAAAUGCCUCGAAAAUCGCCAGCGGUGGUUGUGGCUGCAGCAGCGGCGGCGGCGAGGCAGAGGGGGGCCGCUGCGAAGGACAAUUACGAGAAGGGCGGCGGUGGAAGGUUGUCAUCGUCUCGCGGGAGGGGAGAGGGAGCCGUGGCGGAGUUGUUAGCGGCGGUGGGAUCGUCGUGCUCGUCGAAGAGCAAGCAGAAGGAGGCGCAGCCGCCAGCAGGCCGCAGCAAAAAAGCUCACUGAAAAAAAUCAAGUACCCUCGAGGCAGUUACACAGCGUUCAACACAUCCCGUUCGACUGUGUGCAUAUCUUGAAUGGGUAGUCUUUCCGUGGGUAUACUUGUUUUUCCAAAACAGCUCCCUCGCCUUUCGGCGAUUAGACUGGUGUGGUGGCAUUCCACUCUCGAAGCCCUCGGUGAUUGGACUCGUGACAUUUCACCCGGUCAACAACUCGGGGCUGGAAAACAAGUGUGAAAGGCAACAGCAGCUGAUUUGGAGGGCGCGGUGGCCCUGCCCACAAGAGAAAGUGUGUCCAAUCCCUCCCAAGAGGUACCAAGUACGAGGUCAAGGCCAAAUGUUGAGUUUGAGAUGUUGAGGGGGCGUCGCGGGGAGGUCAGAUAGAUAUAGAUUGAUUGUUAAAGCAAUCCGACGAGUAUCGUCGGCGUUGCUAGUCCC